AUGCCCCGCCGAACCGCGAUUUCAAUCGAGCAGAAGAAGGAAUUACGCUCCCACAAAGCUCUUAAUCCUUCCCUCUCCAACAAGGCCUUGAAGCAGUGGUUUGAGGCCCUAUAUAAGCAAAAGAUUGCUUUAUCUUCAGUCUCCGAGAUCCUUUCUAAACGAUACGAACACCUUGACCGGCCUGUCAACCGUACGUCAAACCAGAAGCGCUACCGUCGUGAACACUGGCCAGAGCUUGAAACAGCAUUAUAUUUGUGGAUUCAACAGGCAGAGACAUCAAUUAAACUCUCACGAGAGGUUAUACGGCUUAAAGCAGAGUUCUUUUGGAAGAAUCUGUCAGUAUAUAAGGACCGCGAGAUGCCUGCAUUCAGCAAUGGCUGGCUUGAAGGAUUUCAAAAGCGACGAUCGAUUAAGAAUCGUAUAUACCAUGGAGAGGCAGGAAGUGCUAUUGAUGCAGAGCAACAGAUGAAGAGUAUAGGAAUGGCUCUCCAGCAUUACAAUGCCAGGGAUAUAUUCAACUGUGAUGAGACUGGGCUCCUUUGGAAGCUGGUUCCUGAUCGAGGACUCUCUACUCGCUCUCUUGAUGGCCGAAAGAAGGAAAAGGCAUGGAUUACUGCCCAUUUAUGCUGCAAUUCUGAUGGAUCUGAGAGAUUACCUAUAUGGUUUAUUGGAAAGGCUCAACAACCGCAUGCUUUCCGUGCCGCAGGCAUCAAUAUUGAGAAUCUCAAUCUCAAAUGGAGGCACAACAAGGAGGCCUGGAUGACGGGCAUUCUCAUGGAGGAAUGGCUAAGAUGGUUUGAUUCCAAAAUGACUGGCCGUCAAGUAGUGCUUUUAAUGGAUAAUUUCUCUGCUCAUGCACUGGCAGUUGAAAGUAUCAAUAAGAGCCUUUAUCCCCUACGGAAUACACUGAUUAUUUGGCUUCCACCAAAUGCAACGAGCAAAUAUCAGCCACUAGAUCAAGGGAUUAUAUAUUCUUGGAAGUGCCACUGGAAACGGCAGUGGAUUAUCUAUAUGAUUGAAGAAUACGAGUCGAACCGUGAUCCUCUUACUACAAUGAACGUUUUGAAGGCCCUACGCUGGGGAAUACAGGCUUGGGAUAUUGAUAUGGCGCCUGCCACUAUUCAACACUGCUUCCAGAGAGCCUUGUUCAAGAAGACAGCUGUUCCGCCUGAAGAUCUUUCAAUGAUACAGAUCUCCAAUGAUUUCCAACGGCUCUGCACGGUCUCUGGUAUUCGAAACCCAAUGAAAAUUGAAAACUUCCUCAAUCCCGCGGAGGAAGUAGUGGAGGACUCUUCUGAAGAUCUAGAGCGCCGUAUAAUUGAGCAGCUGGAGCCAGAGGAGCCUGAGGAUGAGGAAGAGACUAUAAAUAUGGAAGCUGAUCCGCAAAUCAGCACCACCGAGGCCCUUGACAUAGUGAAAAGGCUUCGCUUGUAUGAAGAGCAGCAGGAUAAGGGAGAUACAGAGCUAAUUCAACGGUUAAAUCAUUAUGAGAGAAGAUUAGAGGCUCGGAGUCUUGAAAAUCAGCAGCGGCAGGAUAUGACAGCGUAUUUUGUAUGCUAG